AUUAAACAUGUAGAAGCAGGUGAUUACAUUUGAGGGAGUUUUGUAGUUUUGUAGUUAUGACUUAUCUUAAUAUCUUACAAUAAUGAUGAAGUUAAUGCAGGUUUUAUGUUGGAUGUUUGAUGUAUAUUAAACACACCUGUGUACCAGACAUAAAGAACCAUGUUUACUGCAGUAAUGACAAAUUCUAAUCCCCAAAAAGUUUUUAUUCAUUAUUAACUUUUAUUUGUGAGGUGGAAAUGGUCUUUUAUAGGAAACUGACUUUAAAAAGUUUUAUAAUAAUAAUAAUAAUAAUAAUAAUAAUUAGAGAGAAUUCAACUCUAGAGGCAGGAGGAAGCAUCAAUAUAAAGAAGAGACUGUUGGACUUGGACAGAGUAGAUUUUGAACCUAUAAGGGGAACUUUUGAGAAUUUUGAGAAAGUUGGAGGAAAACUAAAGGUUUAUUUCAUUUAAACAAUAGUUGAGACACGAGUGUGGAAGAGCAGAGACAAGUUUUAUGGACAUAUAAAAUACACUGCACUAAAUUAUAAACACAACACUUUUGUUUUUGUCCCAUUUUUCAUGAGCUGAACACAAAGAUUUAAGACUUUUUCUAUGUAAACAAAAGGCCAAUUUCUCUCACAUAUUGUUCACAAAUCUGUCUAAAUCUGUGUUAGUGAGCACUUCUCCUGUUGGGAGACAAUCUGUCCACCUCACAGGGGUGACGUCAAGAUGCUGAUUAGACAUCAUGAUUAUUACACAGGUGUGCUUUAGGCUUGUCCACAUAAUAAACUCUAAAAUGUGCAGUUUUACUGUGUUGGGGGUGGGGGUGGGGGUCUGAAAUCCAGUCAGUAUCGGAAUGUUGGUCCACUCCUCUUCAUUGUCUGUGUGAAGUUACUGGAUUUUGGCAGGAGCUGGAACACGCUGUCGUAUAUACGCCGAUCCAGAGCAUCCCAAACAUGCUUCGUUGUCCAGAACAUGCGCCUGCCCAUACCAUAACCCCACCUCCACCAUGGGCCACUCCAUCCACAUCGUUGUCAUAGCAACCUGCUCACCCACAUGAUGCCAUACGCGCUGUCUGCCGUCUGCCCUGUACAGUGAAAACUGGGAUUCAUCCACAAAGAGAGAAAACAUCUCCAAAGUGCCAGAUGCCAUCGAAUGUGAGCAUUUACCCACUUAAGUUGGAUACGAAGACGAACUGCAGUCAGACCCCGAUGAGGACAACAAGCAUGCAGAUGAGCUUCCCUGAGAUGGUUUCUGACAGUUUGUGCAGAGAUUCUUUGGUUAUACAAACCGAUUGUUGCAGCAGCUGUCUGGGGGUCUGGUCUCAGAGUAUCGUGGAGGUGAAGAUGCUGGAUGUGGAGGUCCUGGGCUGGUGUGGUUACAUGAGGUCUGCGGUCGUGAGUAUCAGCUGUGAUGAACUUAGAGAGGAAAGUUGGUCAUCUCUGUUCUCAGCGCUCAGAUCAGAAACCUCCAAACUGAGAGAACUUCAUCUGACUGUGAAAACACUGUAUCUGUCUGGGAAUAAACUAGAAGACUCAGAAGUGAAGAUUCUCUGUGCUGGACUGGAGCAUCCUCACUGUAAAGUGGAGACACUGAAGUUGGAGAGUUGUGGUGUCUCAGAUGAAGGUUGUGCUGCUCUGACUUCAGCUCUGAGAUCAAACCCCUCACACCUGAGAGAACUGGAUCUGUCUGAUAAUAAUCUAGGAGACUCAGUAAAGAAGCUGCUGUCUGAUCUUAAGCAUGAUGAACAUUACAAACUACAGACACUGGAGCUCUAAUGAAUAUCUGUGUGUGAUGAAGACUCCAGUGUUCCUGCAUUACCAUGAUGGAGAAUAGAGAACAUGUUUAUUAACACAUCACUCAUUUAGUUCUAACACAUUAAACACACACAGAGACGUGAGAAGUGUGUGUUCAUCGUGUACAGUGAAUCAGACUAAACACAAUUCUACACUGAGUUUAUAAUGACCUCUGAUCCCUGGAUAAAAUUCCCUGGACCUCAAUCCCAUCAAAACCAGAGGGAUUAUUUGUAACAGCAGGUGAAAAUCCACAUGAACUCGAGCUGAACCCUGUUCAUUUUACUGUUUGUGUCAUUUAUUAUUUGUUUAUUAUUGUGAUAUAAUUUACACUUUUUACACAUGUACACUUAUAGCUAUAUUUGUCACGAUGACACAAAGGAUCCAAAUGCAGUUUAACCUUUUAUCAAUCCAGAACAAGAAGCAAGCAACAGAUAAGCAGUCAAAAACAGGGCAGAACACUGAGCAGAACAGGGAACAGGAACAGAGACAUAAACAGACAACAUACCACAACGACUAACAUCAGGGACGGGAACAAAGAGCAGAGACAAUCAGAGACAAAGACAAAACACCUGGGGAAGAGAUUGAGUGCAAUUAGUGUCCAUGGUAACAAAUGAGUGGGCGGGGCCAACAAUUAACAGCAGGGAAUGACAGCAGACAGAAACAGGGCAAAACACAGACAGACUCAUUACUAUAUUACUGGGUACAUAACUAACAUUAUAUUGUAUAAAGGCACUUAAAUGUCUUGUAGAAAUACAUCAUACAUUUAGAAGGAAUGAAUUACAUCAUAUUAUAAAGGAUGAAUUUAAAUAAUAAAAUAAUAAAACUUCAUUUCUUUCCCUCACUGAUUAUGAUAUAAACUAUAGAGUUAAUGUGCUUCUUUUCUCUCAUUCUAUUUUCAGUGUAAGUUUUGCUCGUGUCUUGUCGUCUAUAUCCAGCUCUGUGAACUUUUAUUAAAAAAUACAAUAAAAAUAUAUUUUUAACUAUAUUUUAUUCACAACGUGCUUCUAAUGAACGUUCUGUUAUUUUGUUUAUACCUGAAUACUGAAUAAACAAUUAUUAACACA